GCUGAAACUGGACUAAUGCGGUCUCUCCUCUUGGUUCUGGUUCAUGGUCGAGCAGUUUUGAAUGAGCUGAGGUCUCUCAGUGGUCUUUCUUCUAGAGGGUCACAGUGGAACGCAUCGGACGCCAAACCCCGCCGGACCCUCUGCUGCUCCAGCCGGACUCCUUCUUCUGUCUGGUUUUUCUGGUCGCUCGCAGGGAGACGCCAUGAAGCGCUGCCUCGGACUCUUCCUGCUGCUUUGCUUUGGGAUGUUUCGUUCAGGUUCUGGACUUCGCUGUUAUAAGUGUUCUGAUUACACUGGGCGCUGUGAGAACGUGCAGGAGUGCACGUAUGAAGACUCUUGUAUAUCUCUGAGUGAAAGAGGUGGGAAGACCAUCCGUCAGUGUAUCAGGUACACGGACUGCGAUAACUCUCGCCUCACCCAGAUGUUUCCGGCCAUCUCCGGCUUCACUUAUCGCUGCUGCAGCAGCAACCUCUGUAACUCCGGCAUCACUGUUACCAUGGCAACGCCCGCCCUGGCUCUGGCGGCGUCCCUGCUGAGCUUGUGGUGGUCUUGGAUCUGAAUGAGUCCAGGUUACUGUAGUUUAGUAUUUCAGGAUUUCAGCUAACAUGAACUAAAUUGAGUGUUUUUAGUAGCCGUGGCACU